AUGGCGACUCCGGACGAUGCUGGCUUUGACCUCGCGAUCGUGGCUGAGGAAAACCAACAGCAUUUCCGCCUGCUCGAACUCCCUCCUGAUCUCCUGAACCUCAUUACAUCCGCGAAUGCUCCAGUUAUAAAACUCAAAUCUUCCCAAAACGACUCCGGUAUGAACAGCGCGGUGUUAUGUACCCCCGACAAGACAUACGAAAUCCGCCAAGUGAGCACAUCGAACACCGUCUUCGUUACGGAGUCAACUUCUCAGUCAAAGAUACCGGACGUCUCUUCCCAACCGGUGUUGAAGGCGAUAGCACAGCCUCAGUCAACGUUGGAGCUACUGCCUUGCUCCGCGACGUCUGCAAUACCUUAUAUUGUCGCUGCAUUGCCGUCUUAUACAUCAACUCAACACCAAUCAUCGAGUACGGCUGUGAGCAAGGACGACUUGUUUGCCAACAUCCCAUUGAACGAUGGGCAGUGUGAGGCUGGAUGGAUCGAGCUCGCGUGCUUCGAAUCGGGUGAUGGUCAACAUGCCGUUAUCCCAACCGCAAGCGUGAAGACGACAGUCUGGAAGGCUGUGCUUGAUGCAGCGACAGCAACGGGCAUCGACUUGACAGGGGAGCUGAAUCGCGAUGACCUGUCCCGCUUACUGAACAUGGAGAGCGACUGGCCCGAAGCAGUAUCAACCGCUGUAUUGCGAAGCAUGUCUACUCCGGAUCUCACCUCGAAUACCACGACCCUCGAUCCGGAACUAUGUGCAAAGAGGGUCGGACUAGCAUUGUUGAAAGACCUUUCUGGUCCAACAAGCGGCUCGAUUUCGACAGCACCUUUCAAGACGAAAUGGGCGGACCUUCUUCCAGAGAAGUGGCGCACUCACGCAGCGCUCAACCUUCUCAAUGGCUGCUAUCGCUUGGAGAACGGCGGUAAAGAUAUACUGAUUGUUGAGGACUCGCUUGAUGCCGUGGCCGCAGCAAAUGGCGGGUCGACUGCAGGAUCAGGAUCCACGCUCGGCGCCAAACGAAAGUGGCACGAGAAGUUUCGAGCGUCGAAGAAGGCUGCAUAG